AUUUUUUCAAAAUUUCGAAAUUUUUGAAUUUAUUUUCAUAUUUUAAAAUAUUCGAAAUUUUCCAAUCUUCUGAAUUAUUUUCAAAUUUCAAAAUUUUCCAAUCUUCGAACCUAAUUUGGAAUUUGUAAAUUCUCCAAUCUUUGAAAUUUUUUUCAUAUUUUGACGUGUAAAAUUGUUUCAACUCAUAUUAAGUGAGAGUAUCAAAAAAUAUGACACUCUUUCAACUUCAUACUGAUUGUAGGGUGAACAGCUCACUUGCUGCAGCUAACUUAAAAAAACAAAACAUACAUACACACCACAGCACGUCAGUAAGGCACUCCUUAAUUAAUUUACAUGUGCCUGCUGAGCUGAAAAAACGGCAUAAAUAACAAAACACCGAUUGCCAUGCAAAGUGUGAAGGUGCCGGGCCGUGCCCUGACAGGACAACACUAGAAAGUGGAACAGCCAACAGACAGCAGUCGCUUGUACGCUGAAGAGUCAACGCACGCGGAAAACUGCUGAGUUUGGAAAAAUGUUUAGAAACUUUUACUAUUCAGUAAGACAGUGGAAGUCAGCGCAGAAAGUUAAAUUUAUCCUGGACAAUUGUUGUGAGAUUUGAGAUUUUGUCUCUCAAACGGUUGAGUUUUAGGUAACCAAUAGAUAUUCCAAUCGCUAUGGGCAAUAAAGUAGCCACGUUCACCGAACAACAGUUGGAUGACUACCAGGACUGUACAUUCUUCACGCGCAAGGAAAUUUUACGCGUUCACAAGCGUUUUCGCGAGCUGCGUCCGGAUUUGGUACCGCGCCAAAUGACCGAGGGCCAGGCGUCCAGUGUCAAGGUGCCGUGCGAGUGCAUCGAGAAGAUGCCCGAGUUGCGCGAGAAUCCCUUUCGACGUCGCAUCUGUGAGGCCUUUUCACGCGACGGUCAAGGCAAUUUAUCCUUCGAAGACUUCCUGGACGCAUUGUCUGUGUUCAGCGAGCAGGCGCCGAGGGACAUUAAGGUUUUUUAUGCCUUCAAAAUUUACGAUUUCGAUCAGGAUGGCUUCAUUGGUCACGGCGACCUCAUGUCCUGCCUCACCACCAUGACCAAGAACGAGCUGAGCCCGGAGGAGCAUCAACAGAUCGCCGAUAAGGUGAUGGAGGAGGCGGACGUCGAUGGUGAUGGGAAAUUGUCAUUUCUAGAAUUCGAGCAUGUCAUUCUGCGCGCCCCGGACUUUCUCUCCACUUUUCGCAUACGCAUCUAAGACAACAAUAUAACAUAUAUGACUUGAAGACCUCUUUGCCUACAAAUAUAUAAGCAUACACACACACAAAUAUAUAUAUAUAUAUAUAAUUUGCAUACGUUGUUGUUUUUAUUACUAUUUUCCACAUUCUGUUCAUAGCACACUCACUUAUAUACAUAUGUAUAUAUGUAUUGAUGCAUGCAAAGAAAUAAAACUUCAUGUGUCGUUGCUCUCAAUUGAAUUUGAGUACAAUAUGUGAAAUUCUGAAUUGAAUGAUUGACUUCAAAUGGACUACAAUGGCAUAGGUGAUACAUUUAUGGGGGCAUAUACACAUGUUUAUAUAAUUUAUUAUGGAAAUUUGCUUAGUUUCAUUUCAAUCCAACGCAGGUGUCUUGAGUUCUUCCUAUUUUUUUGUAUAUAUGAAGUGAGUUGAAGCCAAGAAUUGUGUGUGAUAUAUUCCGAAUUUGAUUGUGUAUUUAGAAUUUAAUGGAAAACACCAAAAUCUCCCAUCGACACGACUUUCAACACUUUUGAUUUCUAUUCACAAAAUAAUUCAAAAUAAUCCCCAGAUGCCACAUAUAUAUAACUUUUCUCAAACCCCGGCAUACAGAGACGACAGUCAAAUUCCAAAUCACAGAUGUUUUUAGUAAUUCCAUGAAGCUCUUGUAUUUAUAACCGUUUAUUCUCUUUCAAGGAAUUUGUAGUUCAAUAGAAUACAACAAGUAUUUCAUUAGCGGCAAUGAUAAGAUUUAUCGAAAUUUAUUUCUUAACUCUCGUGAUCGGGGAUGAUGUAAUUUUUAUACUCGCGCAACAUGUUACACAGAGAGUACUAUAGUUUUAUUAUGAAAGUAAUAUUUGGUACAGAGGAUCACACUAGGGUGGGGCUUCUUUAAAUGUAUUUUUAAUAUUUCCUCCUAUACAAAGGAUAUUUUGAAAAUUACUAAACUCACCAACCGAAACGAUAAAACACUAAAUUUUACCGAAAAAGUUUCAAAAAAUAGCUGCACUCAGAUUUAAAAAAAUAUAAAUAAAGUAGGAGUGGCGUCGUUCACUUAUGGCUCAAAAACCAUAUCUCAGAAACUACCUGACCAAUUUCAUUGAAAUUUGGUGCAUAAUGAAACCAAUUCACAACCACGCCUUCUUUUCAUAUAAUACGAUUUUGAAUUCCAUCUAAUUCGUUCACUUUAUAAUAUAUAAAUCAAGAACCAAUGAAUAUAGCUGAAUAAAACUUUACACAAAUACUGUGUGGCAUCAUUAUGGAAAAAUUAUCACAAUUGGACUAUAAUUUUUCAAGGCUACGGAUAUCGAAUAUGAAGAACUUAGUGCCUAAAGGUAAUUUUUCACCGAAAAUAUCGGUAAAUCCUUUUCUUCUAAUAGUGUGUCUCCGUACCAAAAAUGUUUAAAAUCGGGUCAUAACUCCCCCUUCUUCUUCUUCCUGACAGGCGUAGAAAGCGCUUACGCGGUUAUAGCCGAGUCCACAACAGCGCGCCACGCAUCUCUCCUUUUGGCUGUUUGGCGCCAAUUGGUAAUAUCAAGUGAAGACAGGUCCUUCUCCACCUGGUCCUUCCAUCGGAGUGGAGGCCUGCCUCUUCCUCGGCUUCCUCCGGCGGGUACUGCAUCGAAUACUUUCAGAGCUGGGGCACUUUCGUCCAUUCGAAGAACAUGACCUAGCCAGCGUAGCCGCUGUCGUUUUAUUCGCUGGAUUAUGUCUAUGUCGUCGAACAACACAUACAGCUCAUCAUUCCAUCUUCUGCGGUAUUCUUCGUUGCCAAUGUUUAAGGGACCAUAAAUCUUUCGCAAAACCUUUUUCUCGAAAACUCCUAGUGCCGUCUCAUCGGAUGUUGACACCGGUUCCAACAUCAGGUUAAAGAAGUCACACGAUAGCGAGUCACCUUGUCUUAAACCUUGUUUGGUAUCGAACGGCUCGGAGAAGUCCUUCCCGUAUUAGUUUUGCGGGGAUACCAAAUUCAGACAUCGCGGCAUAAAGGCAGCUCCUUUUCGUGCAGUCGAAAGCAGCUUUCAUAACUUCCCCUAGUUCCCAUAAUUAAAGGUUUUUGAAAAAUACGGUGGGUGGUUAAUAUGUAAAAUAUCUUUGCCAAAUUAAGUGAGCGAGUCAGUUUCCUUGUAUGUUUGUUUGCAUAGAAUAAUAAGAGACAAUUUACAUUUUUAUUCCAUAAGUACGUAUUUAUUUAUUUAUUUACAUGUACAUAUUCUUAAUUCCCCUCACACAUUACUGUAAUACAUCUUAAUUUAUUUAUCAUUAAUUUAAUUAAGUUCAUUUUCAUAUUUGUUUUUUGUUUGUUUUUUGUUCAAAUUUAAGCAGCAAUGCAAUAGUCAGUUAUUGUAUAGAGUUUACAUUACAUCCGUAGCUAGCUUAAAUAUUAAAGUGUACGUAUACAUUAAAGUCUAUUACAAUAAUAACUUUUAUAACCCCAAUGCGUUUUCAGUAUCUCGUAUUCCUUAAUUCAGUUGGCCAAUAGCACAGUGGAGUCAACUGCUCAUCUUUCACACCUAAAAAUUUCAAGUGUGCUAUAGUUUGGUGUGUUCAAGUGCGUGAAUAUGCUUAUUGAAGUUGCAAAAAAAAAUUAAUGAAAUAAAAAUGGUGUAAAGUUAAACAAAUCACAUAAUUUGGAAGGGUAUCAAGGCAAUCCAAUUAAUAAAAAAAAUACUAAUACUCGUACACGAACUCGUACACGAAUGUGUCAACUUAUCUGGCACUCCUGGCCCACUGUUUACAGCGAUUCUUUUUACAUCGAAGUCGAAGCGUUAUGUAUUUUUUGAACAAUUUGAAAGUUGAUUGUUGUUGUUAGUGUGGCAGCAUCAAUAUUUUUUAUUGUGUGCUUGCUUUAUUUCACACAUUUGGGUGCACAGAAUUUGUGGUAAACAUGAAGUUUUAAUUAAAUCAAUUUAAAGUAUUAUUGCACAAAAAGAAUUAAUUCAAUUAGUUAUAUCUGUAUUUUUUCAACAA